UUUACGCGGGAGUGGGGAGAAUUUCAAAUGGUGGUGGGGGUGGAUGUCUGUCUGGUUCAUGGUAAAUGGGCGCUUUAGACGCUUUUGUAGUCACCGACGCCGAGCGUCGCAGGUCGCAAAUGUGGACGAUUAAUGGUGUUUUUAAUUUUUUAUCAGUUGAAUAUUCAUAGCUUUAAUACACGGACUAAAAUGGAGGCCUUCAAAAAUUUCGUAUUCAAUAAAAUUAUCAAACAUUGCUGACUAUUCUCAUUCAAAAAUAUCUGCAUGAGUGCAUUUAAAAUCUCGUGAUGUACUGUAACACAAUUAAGCCGAAUUAUGGAUCUAAGCUCUUGUACGAAUUGGUUUUGUGCCAAACGGAACGAGAAAGUUCCAAUUACAUCAACAGAUUGUCAUUCGGUCGUAACAUCAGGACCUGGACCAAGCCCUGGAAGUUCAAAUUCUUGUGACGACGUGAUCCCUCCACAAAAAAACUGUUUCAGAUUAGUAGUUCUGGGAUCAGCUAGAGUAGGCAAAACUUGUUUAGUUUCGCGAUUCCUGGGUGGAAAAUUUCAAGAGAGCUAUACUCCGACCAUUGAGGAUUUUCACCGGAAGUUGUAUCGAAUUAGAGGGGAAAUUUACCAGCUUGAUAUUCUGGACACUUCCGGCAACCACCCGUUUCCUGCAAUGAGAAGGCUAUCGUUUCUCACAGGGGAUUUAUUUAUUAUCGUGUUCAGUAUGGAUAGCCGUGAGACGUUUGAAGAGGCAAUAAGAUUACGAGAGCAGAUAUUAGAAACGAAAAUUAAUGCAGGGGCGGCUUCAAACAGCGGCGGUUUAACGAGGAAGAAAACCUUACCGCGAGUUCCGAUGAUCCUAGCAGGAAAUAAAAGCGAUAAGGAAAUGAAGACAGUGACUGCAGAGGAAGCUCAAUUAUACUGUGACACUCAAGAUUCAGGCUGUGCCUUUGUAGAAACAUCAGCCAAGAAAAACUUAAAAGUAGAUGAAGUUUUUUACCAAUUGUUUGUGGUGGCUAAUCUGCCGCAAGAAAUGGCACCCAACCAUCACAAAAGAAUCAGUGCCAAUUUUGGGGCCCCGUGUCCUCUGCCUCCUUCUACACCAUCCUACCAUACAAAGAAAUAUACGCUUUCGGUGAAACGGAGAUUAAGCGACGCGUGUGGUGUCGUUACGCCCAAUGUCAGACGACCGAGUAUUCGGACAGAUUUAAUGAUAAUGAGGACCAAAACGUGCAAUGUGGGCGAUAACAUUUCGAACCCCAAUAACUCACCUCUUAGUUGGAGACGGGUCGACAGCAACUGUUCAAUGCAAUAGUCAAAUUUCAAAUUUUCAAAACGGAUACUGGCCAGUGACCACACAGCAAUAAUUCGACUUUAUUUCAUUUUAAAGUAAAAAAAUUACAAAGAAGUUAUCUAACUGUAAGACCUUUUCCUAUUUAUUUAGAAAGACCUACAGUUGAAAAACCAUUUUACAAAAGUGGUCAACUAACUCCAUUGUUUGAGCGAAAGAUAAACUUAAUUAUUAUGAUUUAGGAACCGGGCUCUACUUAUUAGUAAUUUAAUUCACUUAGGUACUACACACUCAGCCUAGGUGUAGAUGUAGUGUUUCACAAAAAAUAUGUACCUAGUAUUUGUGUAGGUAAUCGUCAAUAGCAGUAAUAAACGUGUUAAGACUGAUCAAACAUAUUGCGAUACACUUGUUGUGAAUUAUUCCGAUUACUCUAGUUAAUUUUUUUACACCUAGCAGCUAAAACCAAGAAAAACAAAGCAAUGCAAAUUUUAAAAUCCUUGAUUAUUUGGUAUAAAUGGAGUUCACUUCUAACUUUAUCCUCUCAUACUUACCAUUUGUCUGUGGUUUGGCAUUUGAAAGGUUUUCGCAAACAACGAAUCUAAUUAAAAAGGGUUUACUAUUCGAAAGCGAAAACUAACAAAUAUUGAUUCAACACAAAAAUAUCUUUACUUUUAUAUUGAAAUGCUCUCUCCAUGUGUGUAACCACCUAUAAACUGUAAGCUCUUCCUUUCUCUACCUCCUUUCUGACCACUGAAAUCCACUUCGUAGUUCAUAUUGCAAUGUUAUUUAUGUACAAUUUGUAGAUGUUAAUUAUUAUUAUUGUAGACGCGCGAGAGUAUUAUUUAAAAAGUUAAACAGAAAGCGAUUACCUACUGAAUUCAUAAUAUGAGGGAUCUAACAGUACCAUUGUUAUAAUUUACAGAUCAUAAAAUGUCUAUUGAUUUAUAGUACAUAAAUCUAUAAAAUGUGGGCGCUAAUAUAUAACAUAUCUUUUUUGCUCUUGUGUUGUGAUAUUGUUAGCAAAUCACUUUAUGUAAAGGAUGUGAAACCCCUAGAUAAUUGCCUAAUUUCGGAAACUUUAGUUUCUUCAAAGAAAGUAAAUCAAAUUUUUGAUAAUUAGUAUAUGCUUUAUAUUUGAAUAACAGAACUAAUGUUCUGCCUUUUAUACAGGGUGAGUCAAUUUAUCGGUCUGAAAUUCUGAAAUCAAAUGGUACUAAGUGUAUUUUUGGUUGCAUCUAAGAAAAUUUCACAAUUGAUUCACCCUGUACUACGAUUCAGAAAAAAAUUAUAAUUCAGUAAUUUAAAUUUAGCAAUAAAAACUGUUCUAUUUCGAGAAAAGUAUUGCUUAAUUAAAGAAAACUGUUAUAGAUAUUACACGAAAUAAAGUGCUCAUUUGAGUAAUUGAUUAUGACCAAUUUUAUUAUAGUUUAUAGACAUAUGUCCAAUACGUACGAUUUUGUAAUUUAAUUAGUUUACGUAUAUGCAUCCAAAUUUUACAAAAUAUUUUUGAUUCUACAAAACUUAGAAAUACUCAAAUGUGUAAUCGUAACUUAGUUCAUAAAAUGUAGUCUAUGGCUAUGCCACAUCAGCUAUUAUUUAUACUACAUAUUAUAAUUUUAUUGUUAGAAAUGGGAUCAGGAAUAAGAACUAUUCUCAUUUUAUUUUUUGUACUAGUAAACAAGAUGUAAAGCUAUGAGUAUUUGAGCCGUAUUUAGUGUUUUUUUUUGUUUUUGUAGAAGGAUUAUUACAUCAUUAAAAGCAGCGUAUUGUUAAGCAAAUGUCUCAAUAUUUGUUUUGAUUUAUUGAAACAUUUUUUACUUGGAACGGGAGAUAAACGAUACGAUUAUUAUCAUGUGUCUACAUUCUUACAUGUGAAUUAAAUUCAUGUAAAUCUACAAUCAGGAACAAAUUGUUUUAUAAAAAUUUGUGUGAAGCUUUAACGUACUCGUAUAUUUAACUGCAAUGUUCUAUCGUGGCUUUAAAAACAGUACUUGUCUAAUAAUUACCAACUAAGCAUUGUUUAUGGACUUAAAAUUCAAUUUAAUCUUUGUUGUCUUUGUUGACAUCUCAAUAAACAAAAUGUAUAUAAAAACUGUUAAUAUUUGUUCAAAUAUAAAUUGUUGUUAACAAUGUAACAAGUAAAAUAAGUCCCAGUUUAUGUAUUUUUAUAAAAUAAUAAAACUGAAUUGUAUUUAUACAGGGGUGUAACAUAAAGAUGUUUAAUGUAAAUAA